UGACGAUCCCAUUCUCCCGUCUCCCCUGCGGUCGCAGUGGAAACCGGAGCCAGUCCGCCUCCUGCCCGGGAAUCCACAGCACAUCAGCGGCCACUGCCAUGGCUGAACGCCGCGCCUUCGCCCAAAAAAUCAGCAGGACUGUGGCAGCAGAGGUCAGGAAGCAGAUCGCUGGCCAGUAUGGAGGCUCCCCACAACUCUUCAAAAACCUCAAUGUUGGGACCACAACAAGCAACACAGUUCCCCUCACAGAGGCGGUGGAGCCGGUGGAUUUUGAGGAGUACCUCAUCACUCACCCGCCCAUCGUGGAGUCGGGCCCUCUGAGAGAUCUGAUCGAGUUUCCCCCUGAUGACAUUGAGGUCAUCUACACGCCCAGGGAGUGUCGCACAGUGGUGCAAGCUGUUCCUGAGGAAGGGGACACUGAUGCUCACGUCAGAGACUGUGUCAGAUCUUACACAGAAGACUGGGCCAUCGUCAACAGAAAAUAUCACAAACUUGGUACGGGUUUUAACCCCAACACUCUGGACAAGCAGAAGGAGCGUCAGAAAGGCCUCCCCAAGCAAGUGUUUGAGGCUGAUGAGAUGCCAGACAGCAGCAGCUACCAGGAUGACCAGGAUGACUUGAAGCGGCGGUCGAUGUCUAUAGACGACACACCACGCGGCAGCUGGGCCUGCAGCAUCUUUGACUUGAAGAACUCCCUCCCCGAUGCCCUCCUUCCUCACCUGCUCGACCGUGCUCCCAACGACGAGAUCGACAGGCACAACGAAGAGCAUCGCAAGGCUAACCGCCACCGCGAACUCUUCGCUCUGCACCCUGCCCUCGAUGAGGAAGAGCCCAUUGAGCGCCACUGUGUGCCUGAAGUACCUAAAGAACACUUUGGCCAGAGGCUACUUGUCAAGUGCUUGUCCUUGAAGUUCGAGAUCGAAAUUGAACCCAUAUUUGCUAGUUUGGCCUUAUACGAUGUCAAGGAAAAGAAAAAGAUAUCGGAGAACUUUUUCUUUGACCUGAACUCUGAGCAGACGAAGGGGCUGCUGCGUCCACACAUUCAGACAGCGGCCAUCUCUACACUGGCACGCUCGGCCAUAUUUUCCAUUACCUAUCCCUCCCAGGAUGUUUUCCUCGUCAUCAAGCUGGAAAAGGUACUGCAGCAAGGUGAUAUUGGAGAGUGUGCGGAGCCAUACAUGGUCUUCAAAGAGUCAGACGCUGCCAAGAAUAAGGAGAAGCUGGAGAAGCUCCGCAGCCAGUCGGAGCAAUUCUGCCAACGUCUCGGCCGCUACCGAAUGCCCUUCGCUUGGACCGCCAUCCACCUAAUGAACAUUGUUAAUAGUGCCGGCAGUCUGGAGAGAGAUACGGAGCUGGAGAUGAGCCUCUCAGAGAGAAAAGGCUCAUGGUCAGAACGAAGAAACUCGAGCAUCAUGGGAAGGCGCUCCUUGGAGAGGACCACCAGUGGAGAUGAGUCAUGCAGUCUGACAGGCUUUAGACCUGCAACACUCACCAUCACCAACUUCUUCAAACAGGAGGGAGACAGACUGAGCGAUGAAGACUUGUAUAAGUUCCUAGCAGAUAUGAGAAGACCCUCUUCGGUUCUCAGGAGACUCAGACCCAUCACAGCCCAGUUGAAGUUGGAUAUUUCCCCAGCUCCAGAGAACCCCCACUAUUGCUUGACCCCUGACCUCCAUCAAGUUAAACCUUAUCCAGACAGUAGGGUGCGUCCCACCAGGGAGAUCCUGGAGUUCCCUGCAAGGGAUGUCUACGUGCCAAACACCACUUACAGGAAUCUGCUUUAUGUGAACCCUCAAAGUCUUAACUUCGCCAACCGCCAAGGCUCCGCCCGCAACAUUACAGUGAAAGUGCAAUUUAUGAACGGAGAGGAUCCUAACAAUGCAAUGCCGGUGAUAUUUGGGAAGUCCAGUUGUUCAGAUUUCUCGAAAGAGGCCUACACUGCUGUGGUGUACCAUAACAGAUCACCUGACUUCCAUGAUGAGAUCAAGAUCAAGUUGCCUGCCUCCCUGUCAGACCACCACCACAUUCUCUUCACCUUUUACCAUGUCAGCUGCCAGCAGAAGCAGAACACACCUCUGGAGACCCCUGUGGGAUACACGUGGAUCCCUAUGUUGCAGAACGGACGUCUGCGGACAGGACACUUCUGUCUUCCUGUGUCUCUGGAAAAACCACCACAAUCCUACUCGGUUCUCUCCCCAGAUGUUCCUCUCCCAGGGAUGAAGUGGGUGGAUAACCAUCGAGGAGUUUUCAAUGUGGAAGUGGUGUCUGUUUCAGCCAUACACACACAGGACCAGUACCUGGAUAAGUUCUUUGCCUUGGUUCAUGCCUUGGAUGAGCACAUGUUCCCAGUCAGGAUAGGAGACAUGCGCAUCAUGGAGAACAACCUGGAGGCCGAGCUCAAGUCCAGCAUUGCGGCUCUAAACUCUUCCCAGCUGGAGCCGGUGGUUCGAUUCCUUCACCUCCUACUCGACAAGUUGGUUUUGCUUGUAGUGCGGCCGCCGGUCAUCGCGGGACAGAUAGUGAAUCUGGGCCAGGCAUCCUUCGAGGUCAUGGCAUCCAUAGUGAACCGGCUUCAUAAGUACCUGGACACCAGCCAGGACAUGCAUGGCCGCAACAGCCUGCUGUCCUCUUACAUCCACUAUGUCUUCCGCUUGCCGAGCACUGACCCCAACUCUCCAUCGCCAGACACCAACUCAUCCUCAACAGGCCCAGGAGGGUUGGGAGGUUCGGUUCACUAUGCCACCAUGGCUCGCUCGGCUGUUCGACCUGCCAGCCUCAACCUCAACCGCUCCCGUAGCCUCAGCAACAGCAACCCUGACAUUUCCGGUACACCCACCUCUCCUGACGACGAGGUCCGCUCCAUCAUCGGCAGCAAGCUCUUCCAUGAGGAGUUGGCUCUCCAGUGGGUGGUGAGCAGUGGGAGCGUCAGGGAGGGCGCUCUGCAGCAGGCCUGGUUUUUCUUUGAACUCAUGGUGAAGAGCAUCAUCCACCACCUUUACUUCACCGAACGCCUCGAGUCACCCAGGAAGAACCGAUUUCCAGAGCGCUUCAUGGAUGACAUCACAGCGCUGGUCAGCACCAUCGCUGGGGACAUUGUGUCUCGAUUCCAGAAGGACCUGGAGCUUGUGGAGAGACUAAACACGAGUCUGGCCUUCUUUCUCAAUGACUUACUGUCAGUGAUGGACCGAGGCUUUGUCUUCACCCUCAUCAGGGCAUACUGGAAACAGGUGUCCACAAAGCUUUACACUCUGCAGAAUCCCAACCUGGAGUCUUUGAGGCUUGAUUUCUUGAGAAUCAUUUGCAGCCAUGAACACUAUGUCACCCUCAACCUGCCCUGCAGCCUGCUGACACCGCCUGCCUCACCUUCCCCCUCCGUCUCCUCAGCAACUUCACAGAGCUCUGGGUUCUCCACACAUGUCCAGGACCAGAAGAUAGCCAACAUGUUUGAGCUGUCUGUCCCCUUCAGAGAGCAACACUAUCUGGCUGGACUGGUGCUCUCAGAACUGUCUGUGAUACUGGACCCAGACAAUGAGGGGAUGUUUGGCCUACAUAAAAAAGUGGUGAGUGUCGUCCAUAACCUCCUGUCCAGCCACGACUCCGACCCACGCUAUGCAGAUCCAGAGGUCAAGGCCCGGGUCGCCAUGCUUUACUUGCCUCUGAUUGGUAUCAUCAUGGAAACGCUACCACAGCUCCAUGACUUUACAGAGUCCCAUAACCAGUGGGGUCGACCAGGAUGUCCCCAGGGGGCAGCGGUAGGCAGCACUGGAGAGGAGGCGGAAGGAGAGGGUAACAGUAUAAUCAGCCAGACUGUUGCCAUGGCGAUAGCAGGCACUUCCACCCCCUCACCGAUGUCCCGACCAAGCAGCUUCCUGCUCAACUCGCAGGCGAGUCGUCAGCACGGAAGCUUCUCGGCCGAAUCAAGUCGUAGUCUGCUCAUCUGUCUGCUGUGGGUGCUGAAGAACGCAGACGAGCUGGUGUUGCAGAAGUGGUUCACAGACCUGUCGGUGUCUCAGCUCAACCGCCUUCUGGACCUUCUCCACCUCUGUGUCUCCUGCUUCGAAUACAAGGCCCAUGUUGUGUUCACCAUGCAGGGGAAGAAAGCGUUUGAACGAAUGAACAGCCUGACCUUUAAGAAGUCCAAAGACAUGAAGGCCAAGCUGGAAGAGGCCAUACUGGGCAGCAUCGGGGCCAGACAGGAGAUGGUGCGACGCAGCCGUGGACAGCUUGAGCGGAGUCCAUCUGGCAGUGCUUUUGGCAGUCAGGAGAACCUUCGAUGGAGGAAGGACAUGACCCACUGGAGACAAAACAGCGAGAGGAUGGACAAGACCAGGGCAGAGCUGGAGCAUGAAGCACUUAUUGAUGGAAACCUUGCAACAGAGGCCAACCUAAUUAUUCUUGACACAUUGGAGAUCAUUGUACAGACGGUUUCGGUGACUGAGUCCAAGGAGAGCAUCUUGGGUGGGGUGCUGAAGGUGUUGCUGCACAGCAUGGCCUGCAACCAGAGCGCCCUCUACCUCCAGCACUGCUUUGCCACACAGAGGGCACUGGUGUCUAAGUUUCCUGAGCUGCUGUUCGAGGAGGAGACGGAGCAGUGCGCUGACUUGUGCUUGAGACUCCUGAGGAGCUGCAGCAGCAGCAUAAGCACCAUCAGGGCCCACGCCAGCGCCUCUCUCUACCUCCUCAUGAGGCAAAACUUUGAAAUAGGCAAUAAUUUUGCAAGAGUAAAGAUGCAGGUGACCAUGUCUCUUUCCUCGCUCGUGGGAACAUCUCAGAAUUUUAAUGAGGAGUUCCUGCGUCGCUCUCUAAAGACCAUCCUUACAUACGCAGAGGAGGACCUGGAGCUGAGGGAGACCACAUUUCCAGACCAGGUCCAGGACCUUGUGUUUAACCUGCACAUGAUCCUCUCUGACACAGUGAAGAUGAAGGAGCACCAGGAAGAUCCUGAGAUGCUGAUAGAUCUCAUGUACAGGAUUGCGAAGGGCUACCAGACCUCUCCAGACUUGCGACUGACAUGGCUCCAGAACAUGGCUGGAAAACACUCUGAGAGGAAUAACCACGCCGAGGCUGCACAGUGUCUUGUGCACAGCGCUGCUCUGGUUGCAGAAUACCUGAGCAUGCUGGAGGACCGCAAGUAUCUGCCUGUGGGCUGUGUCACCUUCCAGAACAUUUCCUCCAACGUGCUGGAGGAAUCCGCAGUCUCUGAUGACGUGGUGUCACCGGAUGAAGAGGGCAUUUGCUCAGGAAAGUACUUCACUGAGAUCGGUCUGGUCGGACUCCUGGAGCAGGCUGCUGCCUCCUUCUCCAUGGCUGGAAUGUAUGAAGCAGUAAACGAAGUAUACAAGGUACUGAUCCCCGUCCAUGAAGCCAACAGGGAUGCAAAAAAGCUGUCUACCAUUCAUGGUAAACUACAGGAAGCCUUUGGGAAAAUAGUUCACCAGAGUACUGGCUGGGAGAGGAUGUUUGGUACGUACUUCAGAGUCGGGUUUUACGGUUCAAAAUUUGGCGACUUAGACGAGCAGGAGUUUGUGUACAAAGAGCCCGCCAUCACGAAGCUGGCAGAGAUCUCUCACAGGCUUGAGGGUUUCUAUGGGGAGCGAUUUGGAGAGGACCAGGUAGAAGUCAUUAAAGACUCCAACCCAGUGGACAAGUGCAAGCUGGAUCCAAAUAAGGCAUUUGUCCAGAUCACGUAUGUGGAGCCGUACUUCGACACGUACGAGAUGAAGGACCGCAUCACCUACUUUGACAAGAACUACAACCUGCGGCGUUUCGUGUACUGCACGCCCUUCACCCUGGAUGGGCGGGCGCACGGGGAUCUGCACGAGCAGUUCAAACGCAAGACCAUCCUCACCACCUCCCACGCCUUCCCUUACAUCAAGACACGGAUCAACAUCAUCCACAAAGAGGAGAUUAUUUCCACACCCAUCGAGGUGGCGAUAGAGGACAUGCAGAAGAAGACUCAAGAGCUGGCCUUUGCCACCCAUCAGGACCCUGCUGAUGCCAAGAUGCUGCAGAUGGUUCUGCAGGGAUCAGUUGGUACAACGGUCAACCAGGGUCCUUUGGAGGUGGCUCAGGUUUUCCUGUCAGAAAUCCCCAGUGACCCCAAACUGUACAGACACCACAACAAGCUUCGGCUCUGCUUCAAAGACUUCACCAAGAGGUGUGAAGAUGCCCUGCGGAAAAACAAGAGCCUGAUUGGUGCGGACCAGAAGGAGUACCAGAGAGAGCUGGAGAGGAAUUACCACCGGCUGAAGGAGGCGCUGCAGCCGCUCAUCAACAGAAAGAUCCCUCAGCUUUAUAAACCUGUACUGCAGGUCAACUCGCACAGCAAACGGACAGCUUGACAAGAGAUUCCUUCAGCAGAAUGAGUCUUCGUAAGCUUGACAUCUGAAGAUGAAGAGAACACACACACACACACACACACACAUAUACACAUUCUUACACACACACACACACACACACACAAAUUGCAAUAUUUAUUUAUUCUCAAGUGUAAAUAGGAGUGUCUCUUCAAACUUGGUUGGUGUUUCUGAGACGGAGCUGAAAAGCUAAAGGUGUUGCAGCUCGGUACGUCAUUCCAGUGUCUUAAUUUGUUUACAGAGAAACUGUUACACAAUCAGAGGAACGGACCGGUGGUUCUUAAAGUUUAAAGGGAUACCUUGGCAUUUAGAUUUUUCUGUGCAGACCAUUUGUUACAGUGGGGAACAAAUGUUUAUAUUUUCCGUAUGCUACCUUAAGAGAACGCUAAUAAUGUGAGCCUUCACUCUUGAAACCAACAGAAUCUGCUCGGACAAACCACAGAAUACAAAGAAUGAGAUCCCAUUAUUGGUCAAAGUGCCAAAAAAACCCUUUUAUUUCCCGCCAAAUUUUAACAAGUGACUGUAGAUAUGGUACGAUUUUAAAAGUCAAGGUGUCUUUUUAAUGAUGUGUCAAAAAAAAUCUGUAUUCAAUUUCAUGUGUGCACUUUUAUCACAGUGUAGCAAUGCAUUUUACAACUUGAAAGUUUAUGUAAUUCAAAACGUGGGGGAGGGGAGGAAAAAAAUGAAAACAUGCAAAAAAUUCUACUAUUAUUUAUCAUAAUGCUUUAUUACAAUUUUUAGUUGAAGCGACAAUAUUUUAAAGUUCGGUACUUUAAACAUCCCUGUAUAAUUUUAUGUAGUUCUUUUUGUUUAUUUUAAAUAUUUUACUAAAUAAAUAUUUUAAUGUUCA